AUGAAACAGCUAGACCUUCUGAGGAGAUUUGUAUCUGGCCAGAAGAACCUGGAAAAAGAGUUUGUGGAGGCGCUUCUUAGGAAUGAUGUGGCAAGGAGCAUCGAGCUCGGGAAGAUGCUCUUUUCCAGAAGCCCCAUGUUCCUUGUGACCUCCCUCCUUGUCAGCUUUCUAGACAGCCCGACAGACGAGAGUAAGAAGAAUCUUUUCCUGAAGUCUCUGGAGAAUGCUACUAUCAAGAGCAAUCUGAUCUGGAUGCUGUACAAGAGAGGGCUGCUGGUCGAGGAUCUGCAUCACUAUGUCCAAAGAAUUGCUUUUAAGGACCAUAUGUAUUACCUCGUUCUCAAGGAAGCAUGCAUACACGGACACCAUGGGCUUCUUGAAAGAGGAGCGAUUCCAGAGUGUGUGGAGUUUCUUCUGGACAAUCUGGACGACUGGGACCUGUACAGGUAUGCGCUAGACAACGGGAUAGACCUUCGGAGGCGAGAAAGCCUGAACCAUGAGUAUUAUCUUCUUCACAAGCUGAAGGAGAGGGGCAGGGCCAUCGAGCUGCUGAAGUCAAGGUUAUGCUUCAAGGAGAUAGAAUACAUUGCUGAGAUGGUGGGUCUGGAAAGCCAUCCUCAAGAGGCAACCGACUGUGUGGUCCAGCUGAUGAGAAAUGGAUUUGGAGAGGACCUCUUAAGAAGGGCAUAUGGGGUGUAUGCGAAGGACCCGUCUGUGUUCAAUAUAAAGAUGUUGAUUGCAGUCCUAGUGUCGGCAAGAAGGGCACCGCUCCUCGGGGUGGCUCUGUAUCUAGCCUUCAAGCACAGGAGGGACCAUCAAGGGAACUAUGAGGUGCUCCUGAUCUUUGCAUUCCUGUGCAGAUACUUCUGCUUCUAUCCACACGUCCUAGAGUGCCUGGACUCCAUGGGUGUCAAGAAUGCGCAGGUGCCAAAUCUAUCGUUUAUCUGGUCUGACAUACUCAUUACCAAGGGAAUAAAGGACGACACUCGGAGGAAGGGAGCUAUCAACAACAUCCGGGGGUGCAUGGACGACCUAGACAACAGCAUCAGGCAUUUCAUAAGUGGUGGGAACUUUGCACAUGUUGUCGAUGCUCUGGAGCUUCGGAGGUCUCUCAAGGAAUCGGUGAUACUCAUGGAGCUGGAGAAGAGCAGAAUAAUUGGAAGCAACCCCAACAACAGUUUCCGCUAUCUUCUGGGGACGUGGGGAAGCUAUCUGUUUGAGAAGAUGACUGUCGAGAAAGUGCCCAAGGGGAAGGGGAUGUUUCUGACUGAUUUCUAUGUUUCAGGCUCCUGCAGCUUGGACGAGGUGUUGGAAAAUGGGCUAUGCACGAUUGAGUCGGAGGGUUUCAAGGCCUUCUUUGAAGAGAUGGUCCGGUAUCAAGAGAGCAUAAAUAAAUGA